AUGAGUCAUGCAUUACCACCCAGUAGGACUCUGCACUCUCCAAAUGGCAAACAUACAGCUGAGUCUUCAGACCUUCAGCACCCAAAAUUAUCACCUGCAGGGCGCAAUCCAUCUACAUUUACACAAGGACCUAAGAAACCGCAAAAUAUAUUUUUUAAUGCUUCAAUUUCGAUUUCCCAACUCAAAGUCAUGGGAGAUAUUGAUGUAAUAGACGAAGAAGUUGAUGAAAGCCCUGAAAACAACAAAAACUGUGAAACAAAUAAAAGUAGGAUAGAUAAUAAGAAAAACAAGAGCUCAUCUCCCAAUUCUGAAGAGGCAGAAAAUAUUGAAGGAGAACUUUUGAAGGUUAGAAAGAUUGAUGAACUAUUACCAUUAGAAAAGACCCCUCCACCACCAGGAUUUGAAAAACCCAAGGCUCCCAAAAAAAAAUUCAAUUGAUCGGAGGUAGGAUAUGAUUCAGAUUUCACUCCUACUCCAGUCAGUGAAAUCAAGCCAAUGGAAAAAAUAGUCAACCACAUUGAAAUCAGCCACGAACCAGUUGUCUUGCAAGCACCGCCACUGAAGCCAGCAAUUUUGAAAAGAAAAAUAAGAGGAAAUUUUGAAGCUGAAAAAGUCAGUGGGAUUAGGCAUACAGGAAUUCUUAAGUUUUAUCAGCUUAAGAAGAGAUUUGGGUUCAUUUCGAUGGAUGAUAACUCAAAAGAUGUGUUCUUAUGUGAAGAUGACCUGAUUCUUUCAGGAGUCUUAUCUUAUAUUAUCUAUAACGUUUAAUGGUCACUACGGGCUAGCCGUUUCUAGAGCUGCAACCAUAUUUGUUCGCGUUUCGGGCCCAUGGACCUCUGGAUCGAUCCACUUUGUUGUACCAGGGCACGGGUCCAUACGGCGUUUCCGUCUUUGAUGGGUUGCGUUGCCUUACCUUCCUUGACUCAGCUCCUGCACAUGUUCCGCCAAAGGGUCAUCUUCCUCGUGUGUGCUGAGAGGUAAAGCUUCGAGCCUCUUGAUGUGCUUGGAGCAGUGCCUCGGCUUAUCGGCCAGAGUUAAACUGCUUUUGCUGUACAGAAGUUCUCAGAAGAAAACUUAAUCCCAUAAAUAAAAUUGGUUGAGGGAGAGAAAAUUAGCAAAGCUAAUUUCACUCGAACCGAUGCUAUUUUAUUUAUCGAUAAUUUCAGGAGUCAACCAUAAAAAGUUCAAGCAAGACGUUUACAAUAAAGUUCCGGUUCAUCUAAGUUUUUUAUUGAAGGAAUAUGAAGAGAAAGGCCAAUUAAAGAGAAAAGCAGUUGAAAUAUUAGUAAUUGAAUCUAAUAACUCUGCAUAA